GAAAUUUGGUUAUUUCUGUGACACCCAACAUUUUUAACAUGAUAACUAGGAAUCUGGGAAGCUGAGGCCCAUUGGGUAGCUAGGAGGGCAAAGGACUGAGCUGAAAAGCCAUACUUCCCUGUCAACGUCCUGUGCUCGUGCCGAGGGGGCAAUGGCGGCUUCCUGUAUCCUCCUACACACUGGACAGAAGAUGUCCCUGAUUGGACUGGGCACCUGGAAGAGAAAGCCUGGCCAGGUAAAAGCAGUUAUUAAGUACGCCUUAAGUAUAGGCUACCACCACAUUGACUGUGCUUCUACGGCAACCAAUGGCAACGAGACUGAGAUUGGGGAAGCCCUGAAGGAGGAUGGGGGACCCGGCAAGCUGGUGCCUCAGGGGGAGCCGUUUGUGACUUCCAAGCUGUGGAACAUGAAUCACCACCCUGAGGAUGUGGAGCCUGCCCUCCGGAAGACACUCGCUGACCUCCAGCUGGAGUAUUGGGACCUGAACCUGAUGCACUGGCCUUAUGCCUUUGAGCGGGUAGUCAACCCCUUUCCUAAGAAUGCUGAUGGGACUAUACGCUAUGACUCCACCCACUACAAGGAGACUUGGAAGGCUCUGGAGGCACCGGUGGCUAAGGGGCCGGUGCGGGCACUGGGCCUGUGCAACCUCAGCAGUCGGCAGAUCAAUCAUGUGCUCGGUGUGGCCUCGGUGCACCACGCUGUUCUGCAGGUGGAAUGCUACCCAUCCCUGGCUCAGAAUGAGCUGGUUGCCCACUGUCAAGCACGCAGCCUGGAGGUGACUGCUUACAGCCCUCUGGGCUCCUCUGAGCGUGCCUGGCGUGACCCUGAUGAGCCUGUCCUGCUUGAGGAGCCAGUAGUCCUGGCACUGGCUGAAAAGCAUGGCCGGUCUCCAGCUCAGAUCUUGCUCAGGAGGCAGGUCCAGCAGAAAGUGAGCUGCAUCCCCAAGACGGUCACACCUUCCCACAUCCUUCAGAACAUCCAGGUGUUUGACUUCACCGUUAGCCUGGAGGAGAUGAAGCAGCUGGAUGCCCUGAAUAAAAAUUUGCUAUUCAUCAUGCCCACGCUUACAGUGGAUGGGAAGAGGGUCCCGAGAGAUACAGGUCACCCCCUUCAGUGACCCAUAUUGAGACCACAGCUUCCUGGCUUCCUUUUCAUCUCUCCAGCU